CACCUGCUUCCUUGUUUCUUUAUGAAAUGAAAACAGUAAUUCUCCACCAGUCUCACAAGGUGGUUGGGAGGAUCAAAUACGAAAGUGCUUGGUGAAAUGUGAAACAGAUAAACUGCUACUUAGAUGGAAAUUAUUGUAAUUUAUAUUUAUUCAAUUACAGAGCACUUAUUUUAUGACGUUCACCCCUAGCUAUUGGAGAAACACCAGGAAAUAGAAAGGGUCCGUAUCUUCUAAGGAACUCAAAAGCUAGAGGGUAUUUUUAGGAUAAUGGGUAGGAUGGGGUCUUCAGACUGGCCUGAAGACUUAGGAACUAGAACUGAGCUAAAGAAGGCUAAGGUCAGGCUGCUGAAAAGUGCAGAUGGACAAUGACCGUCUCAAGAUGCCUCCGCCUGGUAGGUGUGCACCAGAUUUCCUACUGUGUGUGUCGCCAAGGUGAGAGCUGAAGCAGCUCAAGUGCUCCAUGAGCAGGAGGAAGCUGUGGGAUGAUGGGGAGGGUCCCCACAAAGACUGGAGCCUCGUCAGCAUCGGAAACCACAGGAAACCAGGUCAGUGCGUGGGGCCCGCUCCCUCAGCUUCAGGGCUCAGCUAUGAGCUCUGGGGCUUCUUGAGCAGACUGUACUGGUCCUCGAAGCUGGAGGCCCCCUUAGCAUGGAGUCCUUUGCCUAGAAGAGCUGGAACUGGCCAAUGGUUAGAGAGAGGAAGGCUGAGCUAUAGUCCUGAGAGCAGCCAGAUGGGGAACCGGGAUGCAUAUGGGGGCACGUGAGGUUUAUGUGCAUCCUAUAGUGCUUUCUUGUUGUUCUGCCCGACUUUAAACGGUGCCUCAGUCACCUCUGUCUCCAGCACCCAAUGCAGGGUAGUGCUUAACGGCUCUGUUAACUCUCUAAGUGAGGAGAUGAAGCAUGUGUCCAGGGGAGAUCCAAGUCCAAGAGCAGGUUAACGGGCAUGUCAGAUCUGCACGGUGUUGCAGGAGGAGGAGGGGUUAAGAAAUGGGUGCAGCCCGCCAUCCCCCGAACCCAGUGCUGGCCUCUUUCCUGUUAUUUCUCUGCCAGAGCCGAAGCCCCUCGCCCACCAGGUGGGGCCAGUAGGGUUUUCUGGGGGGGCAAGCGUCCCUCAGUCCCUCCGCUUGGAGGAGAAGGAAUGCGGCCUGGCAGGCUGGUUAGGAUCGAGGAGGAGCUUUAGGGCAGGGCGGGGCAGGGGCAGGCUGAAGCGAGGACUCCUGCUGGCACUGCGCUCCCUGCUGCUGCACAGCAAGGCUCUGCCGCCCACCUUCAGGCCGUGCAGCCAUGUUCUGGGUGCCCUGACCCCACGGAAGCCCAUGGGGAGCCCCGGACUGGCUGCCCUGCUCCUGCCUCUCCUCCUGCUGCUCACUGGCCUCUCUGCCCGCCCUGGGAUUGCCUGCCCCUCCCUGCCCCACUGGAGCACCCGCUGUCUGCUGGCCUCCCACAUGGAUGACAAGUUCAUUGGAAGGGCUGCCUAUAUUCCUUGCCGUAUCUGGAUGGCCCUCCCCGUCUCUCGAAAGCCUUUGUGUGCUGGACUCUGGCACUGCGCCUACUGUUUGUGCCUGUGUCUGGUGUCAGAUCUUUCAGGCCGUCAGUGGGGCUGGUUCCACCUCCUGGUGCAGAAUUCCUACAAGUCUUACAAGUUCCAGUUCUGUAGGAGACACAAGAUGCUGGUAUCUGCUCAGAGGGAGCUGCUGAGUAGCUGUUGCGUGUCUAAGAAGGGCCAUCACAGCUCCGGCCCCUCCCCAGAUACCUCCCACAAGGGGCUGCGCUCCAAAAGGACCCAACCUUCAGAUCCAGAGGCAGUGGAAGGUCUCCCCAGACCCGGCUCACAGAGGCAUGGAGGGCCCGAGUUCUCCUUUGACUUGCUACCUGAGGCACGGGCUAUUCAAGUGACCAUUCCUCCAGGCCCUGAGGUCAGCGUGCGUCUUUGUCACCAGUGGGCACUAGAGUGCGAAGACCUGGGCGGUCCCUUCGAUGCCAAGAAAAUUGUGUCCGGGGGCCAUGCUGUAGACCUGCCUUAUGAAUUCCUUCUGCCCUGUCUGUGCAUAGAGGCAUCCUACCUGCAAGAGGACACCGUGAGGCGCAAAAAGUGUCCCUUCCAGAGCUGGCCUGAAGCCUACGGCUCGGAUUUCUGGAAGUCAGUGCAAUUUACUGACUACAGCCAGCACAGUCAGAUGGUCAUGGCCCUCACACUGCGCUGCCCCCUGAAGCUGGAGGCCUCCCUCUGCCAGAGGCAGGGCCGGCGCACUCUCUGUGAAGACCUCCCCAAUGCCACGGCUCGAGAGUCUGAGGGGUGGUAUGUUUUGGAGAAGGUGGACUUGCACCCCCAGCUCUGCUUCAAGUUCUCUUUUGGAAACAGCAGCCACGUUGAAUGCCCCCACCGGACUGCCCCAUCCUGGAAUGUGAGCAUGGAUACCCAAGCCCAGCAGCUGAUCCUUCACUUCUCCUCGAGGACGCAUGCCACCUUCAGUGCUGCUUGGAGCCACCCAGGCUUGGGGCAGAAUGGCUUGCUGCCCCCUGUGUACAGCAUCAGCCAGACUCAAGGCUCAAGCCCAGUGACACUAGACCUCAUCAUCCCCUCACUGAGGCCGGGGGGCUGUGUCCUGGUGUGGAGGUCAGAUGUGCAGUUUGCCUGGAAGCGCCUCUUAUGUCCAGAUGUCUCUCAUAGACGCCUGGGACUCUUGAUCUUGGCACUGCUGGUCCUCACCACCCUAUUGGGCGUUGUUCUGGUCCUCACCCACCGGCGCCCACUGUCAGGCCCGGGCCGAGCGCGGCCGGUGCUGCUGCUGCACGCGGCGGACUCAGAGGCACAGCGGCGCCUGGUGGGAGCACUGGCUGAACUGCUGCGGGCAGCGCUGGGCGGCGGGCGCGACGUGAUCGUGGACCUGUGGGAGGGGACGCGCGUGGCACGCGUGGGUCCACUGCCGUGGCUGUGGGCGGCGCGGGCGCGCGUGGCACGGGAGCGGGGCACCGUGCUGCUGCUGUGGAGUAGCGCCGGCCCCCGCCCGGCCCGUGGCCCGGAUCCCCGCGCCGCGCCCCUGCGCGCCCUGCUUCGCGCCGCCCCGCGCCCGCUGCUGCUGCUCGCUUACUUCAGUCGCCUCUGCGCCAAGGGCGACAUUCCCGCGCCGCUGCGCGCCCUGCCGCGCUACCGCCUGCUGCGCGACCUCCCACGCCUGCUGCGGGCGCUGGACGCGCGGCCUUCCACCGAAGCCAUCAGCUGGGGCCGCCUUGGGGCUGGGCCGUGCCUGCGUGGUCGCCUGGAGCUGUGCCGCCGGCUGGAACGCGAGGCCGCCAAGCUUGCUCACCAAGGCUGAGCAGAGCCCCGCCGCACCGGAGGAUGUCCACGGCCGCAAGCCUAGGGCCUCUACCCUGGAAUCCUCGGGGUGACCCCUCAGGACUGGCCAAAAAGACUUACUUUCUGCCUCCCAGCCUGGGGGCAGAGCACCUCACUCACUGUCCCAGCCGGUCCCCACGUGUGUCCCGCUUCCUCCUCGUGCUUACCCUGCCUCUCAGAACCCUCAGGGAGAGAGCUACUCUCUACUGAGACCUUCUCUGCCCCUAGUCCUGUUGGGGGUGGGGGAUCUUCCCACUUCCUCUCUCCCAAGUUCCAGAAAGAGAGUGAUCUGCACGUGCUCCAGUCCAGGUUGGAGAGGUAGCGGAGGUAGGCGCUCUGGCAGUUCUGAGCCGGGGGUGGCUCCAGGUUGUGGGGGAAAACCCCUUUGGGAGCCAGGGAUCCCCCUUUCCCAGACCUGGGACCUGCCCAGAGGAGGAGGGAGGGAGGGCUCAGGACCCUGGGAAAGAGGCUUUGGCCCUGGGUGGCCAGGGCAAAAGUGGGACAGUGGAGACCAAGAUGGGAGAAAGAUGAAUAAAGAUAACCGUGAGGGCUAAACUAAGAAACGCAGCGUGCUUCUCUGCUAUGCCUGGGGUGCU